AUGGGAAUUGAAGCAGAGGAAUACUUUCGUAACUAUGCAAGUAAGGAUGAUGGUCGUAAUGAAGGGUUCGAUUCGGAUGAAGGAGUGGGGCCAGAUGAUGUCCUUCGAAUGGAAUUUAACACUCCAGAUGAAGCCAAAUCCUUUUAUAAUAACUAUAGCCGAUUAAAGGGAUUUUCUACGAGGCAAGGGAGGAAGGUAACAAAUAGUGCAGGGGAUAUUGUGCGAUACACAUUUGUGUGCAAUAGGCAAAGGUAUCGGGAGAAGAAAUGGCUACAGAUGGCUAAUCGAAAACAGGAGCACAAGAUUGUGACUCGUUGUGGUUGCCUUGCCGAGAUGAGGAUAAAGAGAAAAGAUGGGAGUGGCAAAUGGUACGUGUCUCGGUUUGUGGAUGAGCAUAAUCAUGAACUCGCAUCUGGCAAGUUCGUCGAUUACUUGAGGUCGCACAGGCGGCUAUCUGAAGUAGAGAUUGCACAAAUGACUAGCUUGAGGGAGGUUGGUAUCAGCAUUCCUAAAAUAUAUGAAUCCUUCGCGGCACAGCUUGGGGGUUUUAACCUUGUGACAUUCACAAAGCAAGACAUGUAUAAUGAGGUGAGGCGACAAAGAGAACUGCAAAAUGGAGAUGUAAGUGCUGCAAUUCGAUACUUGGAAGGUGUUUUCCGUGUAGACAACAGAAUAUUUUGGAGGUACAAGGUUGGGUCUGAAAAUAAUCUUUGUGACCUAUUUUAA